CUCAGCCAGCGGUGGGCGGGGCGAGUGGAGCGUUGUGUAUAUCGGUCGAAUGUCUCAGCGUUCUAAAAGGCCCGGUCCGGCAGCACGUGGGGGGACCACUCAGCGAGCCCGCGGCGGGUGGAAGGGCUGGGCACGGAGGUAGCGCACGGGGGCUUGGCACCGGCAUCGGGGGUGGGACGGCGAGGAGAGAAGCGGCCGCAAACCAGACCUGGGAGACAGCCGGCUCCACCGGACGCAUCGUUUAAUUUCUGAGGGUGAAUGAAAUGGCGUUGCGCUUCCGCAAUUUCCUGCCGUUCACCAUCCCCGGAGUGCUGGCGCUCAUCGGCUGGUGGUGGUUUUCUUCACGUAAAAAGGAGUGCGUCAGUAACCACGACAGGCAAGAUCUUCCCAGCUUGGAAGAGCGCCAGAAAUGUUCUCCUCCGAAGGAGCCAAGUUCUUGGAAAACUGGACAGUCGGACAGUGAACUUUCUCCACCUCUACAGGUCAGGCAGUGUAGCGAUUCACCCUUUCAAGAACGUCCGACACCUUUAACAGAAGACAGCGCCCAAAGCUUAGAAACGUUGGGAAAAGACCUUCCCGUUGGGGCAACACUAAUCCUCCAACCAGAUUCACUUCAGGACGACAGUGGAGAAGUGGAAGUGAUGGGGCCUCAAGGUGUCCUUGGUUCCCCUUCGCCCAAGAUCUCUCUUCUGGAUGUACAAAGAGUUGAUGACUCCCAAAUGGAUAAGACAGUCAAUGAAGGGAAGCCCGAUUCCAAUCAAGCAUCCAACCAAGGGCUGUUGGCAACUCCUGGGUCUGAAAAAUGGGAGGACAAUAGCAAAGAUGGGAUGGUCCAGAUCGGUUCAUCUGAGAGGCCUUUGAGAGAAGACCAGUAUUCUGCAUCCACCUCUAUGGAUUCUUUCCCCGUCGCCUGCUCCAGAAAGAUAACUGAAGAAGUUCCUGAUGAGAUGCCUAAGGAACGUGUUGAAACGGAAGAAGGAAGCGAUAGUAACAGUGGCGAAGGAGAGGCUGCAGUUGGGACACUGACCAAGUGUGUUGAACCUGCUAGGUCGGAGAUGGUUGAGGAAGGGAUGACGUCCAGUUCAAAGACUGGUAGCAUGUCAAAGCACAAUGGAUGCAGAGAAGUUGGGUAUAAGGGUGGUCUGGAAAAAGAGAGGAUAGGAGCCAUUAGUUUGGACAAACAAGAAGUGGAGAAGAUCGAGCAGGUGGCCAUUCAAAUCAUUUCCAAUGUCAUCCGGGCAGCCACUGAGGAAGUAUUAUCAGGGUCGGUCAGUGAUAUGUCAGAGAGGAUAUGCCAAAUAGCAAGCCGGGUGGAUAGUCCUCGGGAGAAGGUGUGCACUGGAGUUGUUGGCCAAGCAGAAUCCAGCCAGGGUGGUGACUGUGUGAGCCAGAAGGUUGCUACUGUGGAAGUAUCUCCCCUCCUGGAGGAGAACGUCAACCGUCAUGCUACCUAUUCAAGUUGUUUGACUCACGGCCAACUGGUCAACCGAAGUCACAACCGGCUCAGAGACUCCAGUUGUCCCACCAGGCGGUCUGUUGGCAGCCUGACACCAGCUACGAACCACGAGGAGGAGUUUGAGGAUGGUCACAUAGUGAUGGAAGACUCUGGGUGCAGCGCCUGCACCUCGGAAGAUGGGGCUAGUGCCGAGGAUCUCUUGAAAAGUGCUUCAUCUCCACCUCCACAACAUCUGGAUCUGUUGAAUGCCUCCACCAUCAAAGACUCAGAGAACAAGUCCGCGUCGAUCCAGAAGCCACCUUCCUCCAUGUCAACGGAAAACAGGGUGCCAUACAGCAAUGGCGUGCUGAAGGAGGACUUUCCGCCUCUGAGCCACGAACAGCCAUGGCCCACGGAGGCCGAUACAGACCACUCAGGAGGCUCUGACGUGAACAGCAUGGACUCGGUGGACAGCGGCUGUGCUCUCCGCAAGAAUGACAGCUGCCUGACUGCCAAGAUGGGAACGGACUGCAAUAAGGAAGAGCUUGUCAUCUGGGAAAUUGAAAUACCGAAGCACUUAGUAGGACGACUGAUAGGCAAACAAGGGAGAUACGUGAGUUACCUGAAGCAGGCCUCCGGUGCCAAAAUCUACAUUUCCACUCUACCUUACACCCAAGACUUCCAGAUCUGCCAUAUAGAAGGCUCUCAGCAAAACGUUGACAAAGCACUGACCCUGAUUGGAAAGAAGUUCAAGGAUUUGAGUCUCACCAACAUCUACGCUCCCCCACCCCCACCGUUGCCAUUGCAUUCCCUCCCCAUGACCUCCUGGCUCAUGCUUCCUGAUGGAGUUACAGUAGAAGUUAUCGUGGUUAAUCAAGUCAACGCCGGGCACUUAUUUGUACAACAACACACGCAUCCCACUUUCCACGUCCUUCGUAGCCUAGAUCAGCAGAUGUAUCUCUGCUACUCCCAACCUGGGAUUCCUACCAUGCCAACCCCAGUGGAGGUUGGCGUUGUCUGUGCUGCGCCAGGUGUGGAAGGCGCAUGGUGGCGGGCACAAGUGAUUAGCUACUUCAAAGAUGUCAGCGAAGUGGAAAUCAGAUACGUGGAUUAUGGUGGAUACGAACGAGUCAAGAUUGACACGCUUAGACAAAUCAGGUCUGACUUUGUAACCCUGCCGUUCCAAGGAGCUGAGGUUCUUUUGGACAACGUGGUGCCACUUCCAGAUGAUGAUCACUUUUCAUCUGAAGCUGACACGGCUGUUAGUGAAAUGACCAGGGGCACACCCUUACUUGCACAGGUUACAAAUUACGACAGUGCAACGGGCUUGCCACUAAUACAACUGUGGAGCAUGAUAGGAGAUGAGUUGGUGUCCAUCAACCGAACACUGGUGGAACGAGGAUUUGCUCAGUGGGUGGAAAGCUACUAGCAAACCCCUUAACCCAUCUUCUGGACUGUUCUUUCCGCCCCCCCCCCCCCCCCCCGGUCCCUUUGACUUUCUUUCCUCUUUUUGGCACUGUUUCAAAAUUAGGAUUUUGUAGUCCUUCUUCCCGCCCCUUUCCCCCCCCCUCCACCCCUCCACCUCCACCCACCCCACACAAGCAAAUCAGUCAUUAUUUCCACCAGCGAUUUGUGAUGAAUUCAUUUGACUGACCACAGUUUGUAUAGCAUACCUCAUUUUGUUGAAAAGGCAGGGAGUUGUACCAUAAGCCAUUAAACAAAAACAAACCACAGCUUUAAAACUUGGCUCUUCCCCUUUGGUCAAAUGUCAAGUUGUUUAAAAAAAAAAAAAGAAGAAGAAGAAGAAAAGAGAAGAAAAGAAAAAAUUGUAAUAAUAGAGCAAAGAGGUUUGCACCAGUUUGGCUGUGUGUGUAUGGUUUAAGGCAUGUGUUGAGGGUAACGAAAUUUGACUGCUGCCUUGACAUUAAACUGACUUGAAAUAGAGGAGAUAAAUUUGAUUCAGAAAUUCCCCUCCCCCCCAAAAAAAUAUAUUAAUAAAAUAUUUGAAACUUGGGAGCACAUCCGACAUAAUAGGCAUAUCCAUGUUUCUAAUCACAAAAGCUAGCUACCUUACCUAGAACGCUUUAGUUCUAGGUAAGGCCCACCUGCCCCCUUGUUUGAUUGUGACUUCACUUUUAAUUAAGGCUUGGUUUGUGAAAGAAAUCAGGAUACCUUCAUUUUGCAGACCACCUGAAACAAUGAAUUUGACUUCAACCACUACAGCUGCGGCGUUUUUUAAAUUCCCGGUCAUGUUGAAUACCCAGAGAAAAGAAAAAUGGAUCGCCAAUCCUGAUUGUAAGACAUCACUGUUUUCUAGCUGUUUGGAAGAGAAAAAAAAACCUAUGUAAAUAUAUAUAAAAAUCAUUGUAAUAUUUUGUACAAGAGAAAAAAAAAUACUGGAGAAUUAAAAAAAAGGGAACUUCAAACAAAAUGAAUUUUUUUUCCAUACCAAAAUGUCCUCUGUAGAGAAAUAGUUUGGGGUGUAUCAUUACACCGCUUAAAACACUAGAAUGCGUGAAAAACUUUUGACCUUUGUGCAUGAUUCUUUCCCCUGCUUGCUGUAUGGUAGGAAGAGUAAUAAUCAGCAAAUUCUUAUUGCUUUUUUGCUGUACAGAUCUGACUGAACGGGGAAAAACGAGUAACAUUUGGAAUUAAUAUUGCAGUGGUGUCUCUUUUUUUUUUUUUUUUUUGCUCCUUUUUAGAUUGGUUUCAAAUGUGGAAUAAAAAAAAAA